GAACGUCAGCAGUUUGUGCUCAAAACGUAGAGCGCAUUGCUGGUUCGGAGAGGAGUUCUUUGUGUUACAGCACAUUUAUUCAGUAGUUUUCCUGUUAGAAACGUGAAAUUAUUUUAAAUGGAACGCAGUUCAAAGAGAAGACAAGUGAAGCCCUUGGCAGCUUCUCUGCUGGAAGCUCUUGAUUAUGAUAGUUCGGACGACAGUGAUUUUGAAGUUGGUGAUGCUUCAGGCUCAGAAGGCAGUGGGAAUGGAAGUGAUGAUGACGGGUCAAAGGAGAGUGCUGGAGGAUCAGACAGUGACUCUGAAGCAAAUGCUCUGGAAGAGGAGGAGGAGGAGGAAGGAGGAUCGAUUUGCGAAGAGCUGCCUAAAAGUCUGAACACUGAAGAAACCUCUGUCACAAAGGAAAAACCAGAUGAUGAACCAUGUGGAUCUGUGAGCAAAGAGGAGGCUGUCACCAAAUGCAAGAAGAAAACUGAAAAAGUUCUGGAGGGUGAGGCCAGUACCAGUACCAGUGCCAGUGCCAAUGCCACUACAGAAGAGUCUUCCUCGGAGCCCAAAAAGUGGAAUUUGCGCAGAAACAGGCCUAUGUUAGAUUUCAUCACAAUGGAACAGCUGAAUGAGAUGGAUGACUAUGACAGUGAGGACGACAAUGACUGGCGACCAACUGCUGGGAAGAAAAAAGGUAAAGCUACAGCGCAGAAAGGGGGAAGUGAUGAAGAGGACGAUGGGAGUGGGAGUGAUGAGGAUGAGGAUAAUGAUUGCGAUGAAAACGAUGAAGAUGACAGCAGUAGCGGGAGCGAGGAUGAAAGCCAAAAAAAAGCCAAAACGAAAGCACCAAGAACAAACAGUGUGGAAGAGGAGGAGUGGACUAAUGAUAGCCUAAGUGUCUCUCGGGGUAAAAACAAUGAGGAUUCAAUGGAGCUAGACAAAAGCCAGAACAGGAGCUCCCAGAAGAUGGAUCACAUACUGAUCUGUUGUGUGUGCCUAGGUGAUAACAGUGAAGAUGCAGAUGAAAUAAUACAGUGUGACAACUGUGGAGUAACCGUACAUGAAGGUUGCUAUGGUGUUGAUGGAGAGAGUGAUUCCAUCAUGAGUUCAGCUUCAGAAAACUCCACUGAACCCUGGUUCUGCGAUGCAUGUAAAAAUGGAGUUACACCCAGCUGUGAGCUGUGUCCUAAUCAGGAUGGGAUUUUCAAGGAGACCGAUGCUGGCAGGUGGGUCCAUGUUGUCUGUGCCCUUUAUGUCCCUGGAGUAGCAUUUGGAGACAUUGACAAACUGCGUCCAGUGACUCUUACUGAAAUGAACUAUUCAAAAUACGGUGCCAAGGAAUGCAGCUUUUGUGAAGACACCCGUUUUGCACGUACCGGUGUAUGCAUAAGCUGUGACGCAGGCAUGUGCAGAUCCUACUUCCAUGUGACGUGUGCUCAGAGGGAAGGAUUGCUGUCUGAGGCAGCUGCUGAAGAAGACAUUGCAGACCCAUUUUUUGCUUACUGCAAGCAGCAUGCGGAUAGGUUGGACAGAAAGUGGAAGAGGAAGAACUACCUUGCUUUGCAAUCAUACUGCAAAAUGUCCUUGCAAGAGCGAGAGAAACAACUUGCACCAGAAGCACAGGCCCGUAUCACUACCAGGCUUCAACAAUACCGUGCCAAAGCAGAGCUGGCUCGCAACACCAGACCACAAGCCUGGGUACCCAGAGAGAAGCUGCCACGGCCACUCACAAGCAGCGCCUCUGCCAUACGCAAGCUUAUGCGCAAGGCUGAGCUGAUGGGAAUCAGCACAGACAUCUUCCCUGUAGACACCUCAGAUACCAGCGCCAGUGUAGACGGCAGAAGAAAGCAUAAGCAGCCAGCCUUAACUGCAGACUUUGUGAAUUAUUACCUUGAAAGGAAUAUGCGAAUGAUACAAAUCCAGGACAACAUUGUAGACCAGAAGAAUCUUAAAGAUAAGCUUGAAAAUGAACAGGAAAAACUUCACAUUGAAUAUAACAAGUUGUGUGAGUCUUUGGAAGAUUUACAGAAUGUCAAUGGGAAUCUAAGGAAUGAAGGGCAAACAAUAUGGGCAGUACUCGGUAGCAUUGUUGGACAGAAAUUGAAUGCCCCAGCCAUUUUGCGAGCACCAAAGGAAAGAAAGCCAAGUAAGAAGGAAGGAGGGACACAAAAAUCAUCAACUCUUCCAGCUGUACUUUACAGCUGUGGGAUUUGCAAGAAAAACCAGGACCAACACCUCCUCCUGCUCUGUGAUACCUGUAAACUGCAUUACCACCUGGGCUGCUUAGAUCCACCCCUCACAAGAAUGCCAAAGAAGACUAAAAACAGUUACUGGCAGUGUUCAGAGUGUGACCAGGCAGGUAGCAGUGACAUGGAGGCAGACAUUGCCAUGGAAACCCUACCAGAUGGGACUAAGAGGUCAAGGCGACAAAUUAAGGAGCCAUUAAAAUUUGUUCCUCAGGAUGUGUCCCCAGAACCUAAGAAGGUCCAAGUAAGAAACACGAGAACUAGAGGCCAAAAACGAAAACGAGUCUCCAUCUCCGAAGAGGAAAAAGCAGAGGAGCCACCUCCCCGAGAAAGAAGACAGCGACAGUCAGUAAUGCAGAAGAAACCAAAAGCAGAUGAUCUGAGGACCGAGUGUGCCACCUGUAAGGGUCCAGGGGACAAUGAGAAUUUAGUCAGGUGUGAUGAAUGCCGCCUGUGCUACCACUUUGGAUGUUUGGACCCUCCUCUAAAAAAGUCUCCUAAGCAGACAGGCUAUGGUUGGAUCUGCCAAGACUGUGAUACCUCAUCCUCCAAGCUUACCAAACAGACGAUCCCGGUAACUGGUUUAACUGAUCGAAACCGAAAAUGGGGACUAACCUACAGCUAUGGCCAAAAGUUUUGCAUCGCCCUAUAGAAUUAACACAUGGAAUGAAACCUGUUAAAUAAUGUUAAUAUAUAAAAUUACAUACCACUUGUAAUUUUCCAUAUACUUAACAAAAAACUGACACAUUGAAAAAUGUGACAUCUCAAAAUCUAACAUGAAACACUGUACUACUGUUAUAAGCUUCCAGUAGACUGCAAUAUCAUUUUUUCUUUGACUACAUGAUGUUGAAUAAAAUAUCUAUACACACACACACAGCCUAAAUGCGGUUGCGAGUUCACCUUUUGCUCUUAAUACGGUUUAAGUAUACACACAGUUCAGUUGCAAAAGGCAGCAACAACCACACUAGUUAAUCCUGUGUGGAACAAGUAGUGAGUUCAGUUAUUAAUUCAGUUUGGUUAGUUAAUGCGCAGCAGCUGUGUGUGUGUAUUAAAACUAAAACAACUGCAGUAGGUGUUCAGUGGAUUUCUACUCAAGUAAUGAUGUCAUUGUUUAUCAGGCAUUCUGUGUGAUAAGCAUGGCUUAAAAAAAAAAAAUUCUAGGUGCCUGAUGAGCCAAGUUGAUUUUGUAAUAUUGAUGAAUAGUAAAUGAUGUAUAACAAUAUAGUAAACAGUGCAUACACAUAAUAUACUUUAUUUAAUCAAAGUACAGUUGUAUAAUAUUAUGUCUGUAAGAAAAAAAAAGUUUAUUUUUGGUUUUGCAACUUAAUACUAGCACCGCCAUAGCCGCUUUUGAACGACUUUUGCAAUUCAAAUUUAAAUAUCUUCGUGUAAUGUGAAUAUUUCGUGCAUGUCCGUUCUUAAGUGUUACUAAAUAUUUGAAUUAAAUACCCACACAGUGUUUCAGCUGCAGAAUCGUAAAAAUGAAUAAGUUAGAAGCACUUGCUGCUUCAACCGCCAGACCCGCAGUUUAUGCGGCAUAUUGAAAUCAAUACAAUAUAGCCAACAAUGUAGUCCUGGCUUUAUAAUAAAAUCAAAGUUAUUGUGAAAGAACAUAUUAUAAAACUGUUGAGUCCUUGAAACACUUAUAACAGUCAUUCUACACAUCAUAUAUUAUUAUUAUUUACACUACAUUUCUCAGGCAGAACGGCUGUGCCACCCUGAGUAUGACGGUGCACAUUUUUUUAAAAAAUGUGCGUUUUCUAAGCUCUGCACAGAUCAGCAGCCAUCAACACUUUGGUUUUGUACAAGGAGUGCACUGGCAACACAAUCACUCAGAGGGACAUCAUUUUGCAGCUAGCCAUGGACCUACGGCAGAAACAUUUUGAUAAGAGACACGAAAGCCGGCUGGCAAAUACCCCUCAACCUUCAGCCAGCGCUGCGCCCACUGGCACACAGAAUAAAAGACAAUGCCAGGUUGCUAAAUGCAAUAAAAACAGAACUUUUGAUGUCUGCGCCCGUUAUGAAAAGGCAGUCUGUGGCAAAUGCACUGGUACAGUUGAAAAGUGUGUUUUCUGCGUAGAUUGUACUUAGAAAGCUGAAAUAGAACUCUGAACAGACAGACAGAGCCUUUGAACUCAAAGCUCU